ACUCAAUUAGAGGUGAAAAUAACACCAACAGACUGAAAACUGGAAUUUGUCAUUUGAGAACUGUCAGGUGAUAUUUCACACGUUUACUUGUACAGCUCACUACAACUUUAAUCUCAGCCAUUAGCCUUUUACCCGAUGUCCGUCAGCACUUAGGCAACUAGGACAGCCGAAAAAAAGUCCUUCAAACUCAAAUGAGUUUCAACACUAGUACCGUUCCAAAAUUACCAAUGAUCGUGUAACUGUGGACCUUGUGAUCCAUACUGUUAGUGAAGAUGCGUGUCAUUGUUGGUCUUCGCUCGUUCAUUCGUCCUGUUUUAGAGACAUGGAAAUGUGUUUCUUCUGUAAAUACAACCAUUCCUAGAAGGUGCAUGGAUUCAACACCUGUUCGAUUUAGUUCAUAUAGGAAUUUUUGUGACCAGAAGUCACAAGAUGAAGUUGAGGUAGUCACAAGUGAGAAGCAGGAACAAAAUUGUCGAACAAAUGAGGAGGGUGGCGAAAAGAGCAGAAAAGAAAUCACACUUCCAAAGUCAUUACCUUUGCCAUCCAAAGAGUUCCUUGACAGUUUGAAUGAUGCCCAGAUGAAACAUUACUUGAAUAUUACAAAAAGAUAUGAAUUUCUGUUGCAAAAGAAUGCAGAAUAUUUGAAGUUACCAACUACUUUUACAGAUUCAAGUUGGAGAAAAUUGUUGGAACAUGGAGUAUCUCGGACAUCAGAUGUCUUAGAAUUGCUCUACUUCAAGGAAUUAAAGAAAAAGAGGAAAAAGGAAAAAAUAAAAGAAGUAAAGGCAGAAAAAAAAGACAUAGUGCACCAAUAUAGUAAACCACAACAGAUUUCAAUGAAGGCAUUCACCAUCCUGAAUGCAUACCAAGCCAUGGAGUAUGGCCCAAAGCUUAUAUAUGACUUUGGUUUUACAAGUAAUACUGAAGUUAGUCAUAUUUUCAAAGAAGAGUCACGGAUCAGAAGGCAGAUUAUAGAAACGAUACAUGGGAACUCAAAAAAAAGAUUCCCAUUUCACUUGGUCUUCUGUAAUGUGAAUAAAAAAAAUCGCAGCAUGUUGGAGGAAGAAGCUGCUGGGGUCCCAAUAACGAUCACUGAACGUAACUAUCUAGACUUAUUUGAACAGCAGGAACUUGUAUAUCUAUCACCAGAUUCCUGGCAUGAUCUGGAAACAUUCAACCAUGAGGAGGUAUACAUAGUGGGUUGCAUUACAGACCUGGUAACCAAACCUUUCACCAAAAAAAAGGCACAAAAGCAAGGCAUCAAACUUCGGAAAUUUCCAAUCAGAGAACACUUGGGAAAUACAACCUCCUGUCUUCUGACCCUGAACCAAGUGUGUAAUGUACUUCAUGAUUUGAAAGACACUGGAGACUGGAGAACAGCUUUAAGACAUGUUCCUCUACGCUUCCAAAAAUAGCAAGUCUAUUGAAUAAAAAAAAGUCUGAAAAACCACUUUACUGUUGAAAUGAUUGUAUUAUUGAUAAUUUUUAUUGUGAUAUAAAAUUUUACAUAAUAAGAGUGUCAGUGAAACUGGUGAAUGCUCUGAAAAACAACUUUAUUGGUCUCUAAAUCUUUAAUUAAGGGGUUUCUGGCAUUGAAUUUGGUACAUUUUACAUCCUCUUAGUAUGACCAAUGUAUAUGCCAAGUUUCAUGGCACUUAUUCUGUAAUUAAGUAUUCUGUAACUAAGGGGUAGGAGGCCCUGAAUUGCGUACACUGCACAUCCUUAGUAUGAAAAAUGUAUACACCAAGUAUAAUUAACCUAGUGUUAAGCUCCAGACACAAAAUUUAACAAAGGGCAAUACCUACUGAAUCAGUCCAUGUAUACCAACUUCAAAAGCAUUGAAUCAGUACAUGUACACAAAUUUCAGAGGCAUUGAAUCAGUUCAUGUAUACCAACUUCAGAAGUACUUAAUAAGUUCAUGUAUACCAACUUUGGAAGCAAUGAAUCGGUAUGUGUAUACCAACCUCAGAAGCAUUGAAUCAGUUCAUGUAAACCAAUUCAGAAGCACUGAAUCAGUUUGUGUAUACACACUUCAGAAGUACUGAAUUAGUACAUGUGUAACAACUUCUGAAAAAGUGAGAAUGGUACAUGUAAUACCAACAUGGGAAGCACUGGAUCAGUGAAGUAUACCAACUGAAGUAUUGAAAUGGUACAUGAGAAUAUAAUUACACCAAGAGUAAAGGGUUACAAUCAAAUUUUUUAUCCUAUCAUCUACUUAUCAUUUCUAAGAUAAACUUGACAUUUGAUAAUAACAGUGUCUGCCCAUUAUAUUGCCUCAUUAAAUAUCUAGUUAUUAUUCUCCAUCCGAUAUGCACUUGAUCUCGCCAUGGUUUAGAGUAAAGAAAGAUCCUUUCAUCAAUCCAUGGCGUUGAAGCUCUGCUGCAACCUUUUCUCUUGGUUCCAAAUAAUGCUAAAACAUAAAUAAAUUAUAUUAAAAUUUGUAAAAUGUACAUGACCUUUCUUCAUUAAUAUGUACAGGUUCCUUAAACUACAGAUUUUUACUGGAUUUUUAAUCUCUUGAUAUGUAAAGAAUGCAUAGGAUGUUUUUAAUAUAUAUAGGAUCUUCAUUCUCUUCAUAUAUACAUGUAUACUGUUUUCAAAUUCCACAAUGUGUUCUGCCAAAGUUUCAUCCUUUGUUUUAUUCCAACAGAUUAUUGGGAUCUUAAAACUCAAUAUGUGCAGGAUCUAUAAAAUCUAAACAGUGUAGAAAUAAGUGCCGCCAUAUUUUAUAAAGAGGAUCAGUAUACUUAAUAAAAUCUAGCUGUUUAUUACUUCACUGAUUCUAUCUAUUAAUACUUGAUUCCCAUAUAUAAGUCCUGUCUUAGCCAUGAAAAUAUUGUUACUUUUAUUUUUUUCCAAUUAAAAUGGAUUUUCUUCCGUUACCAAAAUUUCUUGUCUUGGCACAUUUCUUGUGUGAACUUUUCCCCAGUUGAUUGUGAAGCAUAACCAAGUUUCUGAACAAAGAGUGCUAUGUCCUUAUAGUGUUGUUGGUUCAUUGUCAAGUUGAAUGCAUUCUGGGUAAAAAAAUGAAUGGUUGACAUUUUUAGGAUUAUAUGUGAUUGGACAAGAGGGAGGAGGUGAUGAUACUGUAACAGCCUGUUAUAUGUGAUUGAACAGCUGGGAGGAGUGAUGAUAUACUGUAACAGCCUGUUAUAUGUGAUUGAACAGCUGGGAGGAGGUGAUGAUACUGUAACAGCCUGUUAUAUGUGACUGAACAACAGGGAGUAGGUGAUGAUACUGUAACAGCCUGUUAUAUGUGAUCAAACAGCUGGGAGGAGGUGAUGAUACUGUAACAGCCUGUUAUAUGUGACUGAACAACAGGGAGGAGGUGAUGAUACUGUAACAGCCUGUUAUAUGUGAUUGAACAACCAGAAGGAAGUGAUGAUACUGUAAUCUUGUAAGAAUUCUUAUCAGUGGGAAUUUGAUACCAACCUCAAAACAGCCUAGUUGUUUGAAGGUUCCCCAAUGUAUUCCAACAGAAUGUUUAGAUUUGGUGUCAAUGUGAAUCUGAACAGCUUCCUCUGGGUUAACAUGCUGAGGAUACAUAAACCAUCUACAAAAUCAAAAUAAACAAAAACAGUCAAAAGAUACAUGUAUACCAGUAAUACAUUUCACUCAACUUUUGAAUGAAGAAGACAAAAUUACUUUGUUAAAUGUUGAUUAUAAAAUUUCGAAUAGAAUGAAGUCUGAAUUAAAUAGUCUUGUAAGUGAAACACAGAAGGGUUUAUAAAAGGUAGAUAUAUUGGUGAAUGUACCAGACUACUUUAUGACACGAUAAAUAAAACAGAAAAAUAUCACUGGUUUACUUUUGCUUAUUGAUUUUGAGAAAGCUUUUGACACAUUACAAUUCAAUUUUAUCAUUGAAGCACUUUGCUUCUAUGGUUUUGGCCUUUCAAUUUUAAAAUGGAUAAGAACUUUUUAUAAUAAUUAUUGUUGUGUUCUGAAUAAUGGACACUAUUCAAAGUACAUUGUGGGGUUAGACAGGGUGACCAAACAAGUCUGAUUUUUAAGCUCUGUGGUAAAACUGAAUCCUAAUAUUGACAUUCACUUUUUAAGAUGAUCCAAAUUCCUUAAAAUAUGUUCUGGAAAUUUUACAUAAUUUUGACAAGGUCUCUGGUCUGAAGGUUAAUAUAGAUAAGGUAAAGGUAAUAUGGAUUGGGGCAAAACAGGGAGAAGAAAUAUUACCAGAGAAUAACUUGAAACAUGAUAAGAUGAGAGAGCCAACACUCUUGAAGUUUAAGAAAAUGACAAUGUUCCUGAAUGGAUACCAUGCGGUAUUCACUAGAGUUCCUUGUUAUGUAUGUAACAUAUUAGUAAAACAAAGGAAU